ACGAGGUUAUCGCGAGAACCGCCUCCAGACCAAGCGCCUGUGUCUGGCAGAGCCGGUGUGAGACGAAGGGACUAGCCUUGCCUGCCGCCUAGGUCAUCAAGAGUUUCAGCCGGACCUCUGAGCACACACCGAGAUAGUAAGGAGCCAGACGCAAAGCACAGACUAUGGCGCUGAAACGGAUUAAUAAGGAACUUAGUGUUUUGGCCCGUGACCCUCCAGCACAGUGUUCUGCAGGUCCAGUUGGGGAUGAUAUGUUUCAUUGGCAAGCCACAAUUGUGGGACCUAAUGACAGCCCAUAUCAAGGUGGUGUAUUCUUUUUGACAAUUCAUUUUCCUACAGACUACCCCUUCAAACCACCUAAGGUUGCAUUUACAACAAGGAUUUAUCAUCCAAAUAUUAACAGUAAUGGCAGCAUUUGUCUCGAUAUUCUAAGAUCACAGUGGUCUCCUGCAUUAACUAUUUCUAAAGUUCUUUUAUCCAUUUGUUCACUGCUAUGUGAUCCAAACCCAGAUGACCCCUUAGUGCCAGAGAUUGCACGGAUCUAUAAAACAGACAGAGAUAAGUACAACAGAAUAUCUCGGGAAUGGACUCAGAAGUAUACCAUGUGAUGCUACCUUAAAGUCAGCAUUAUAGCUGGAAUAAACUUUAAAUUACUGUUAAAAAAA